AUUAUAUGAGCUUUUAAAAAAUAAUAGUAUUGUUUAUUUGAAUACUACUACUACUGCUAAUAAUAAUUAUUAUUGUGGUAUAAAAAUAUUUAAAAAAAUACAUUAUUAUUAUUAUUUAAUAUUUAACUGUUGUAUAUUCUAGCUAUCGAUAUUUCUUUGGCACACUGUUGUUAUUAUUCUGUGCAGUUUUAUAAAAAUAUGAAGUAUAAUGAAUCAGUCAGUAUAUUAACCAAAAUGACAAUGUGCUGUCUCAUAUGAUGCCACAGAUAUGUGGUUUGAAAUCCUAGCAAUACUGUAGUCAUGUGCGAUCAGAUUUAAUUACACAGACCAUCACUGUGUCAUGCCGUCAUGCGGCCCCACUGUGGUUCUAAUCAAUUGUGAUCUGUUAUGACUGAGAAAAGUCUGACCUUUGACACAGGUAACUAAAGACUGGAAGAGAUGGUGUCUGUUCAGUUCGUCUGCUGGAGAAUGAUUAACAUCUGUCUUGUGUCAGGAUUGGGCUAUGAAAGUACUGCUGCUUUCUCCACCAUUAAUCAUCGGUUCAGGACGGGGCUUAUCAAGCAGAGGUUUGAGACUCCCUCCAUGUACAUUUGCUUCGUAAAAACACAUCUGACCUUGGGAAAGGACAUUUUUGAUUAAUUGGCUGAUUGGCUGAAGGUAAUUUAAUUUGAAUGCGUCCCUCAGCAGCUGUAAAAGGAUGGAGAGGGUGGAAUACCUCCUCAUGAAGGUCACACUUGUAACCUGUGAGGGUCCUGCAACAUGUGCAUAAGUGUGUAACUUAUGUGUGUGUGUCUUCCCUCAGGGAACAUGACUUAUUUGUGCUCUUUGCUAGUUAGGUAAUCUUUAACUGUAAACUUUUUCAUUGUUUGGUCCACUCACCUUGAAUAGAGGUGGAAUUUAGCAGGGGGUGGUGAAUGUUUGGGUUUUAGUUUUUUCUGUUAGGCUGAUUACUAGGGUAGGGUAAAAUCUGCACUGGGAUGCAGCCGACGGCACCCUCCAACUCAGGCAAGGAGAUUACUGACCAUGGGGCUGCAGUGGCGCUGCCAUCUUUACACAAAGUUCUGACUUCGUCUCUCAACUACCAAUGAAUUAACCGUCGAAAGAGAACGUUAACUUUCAACAAAUGUUCUAAAGUAAAAAACAUUUUUAUUUCGGCCAUGAAGGGCUCAGCUUUGUGGGUUAUAUUGGAAUGUGCCUGCAGAGUUCUUGGCAUCUCGACUGCUGCAGUGCUUUGUGCAGUGGGUAUAGAGACUCAGAGACAGAAGGAGUUCAACAGCUUGGCCGUCUAUCUCCUGCUUUCCUCGGUGGUGAUUAUGCUUUUUGAAGUCGCCUAUUUCAUUGAUGCUAUGUUGGCGACGUGCCUUCCUUGUCCACCCACAUGGAAGAUUUUCAUUCUUUGGAAGAAGAUGGCCAAAGUUGGAGGUUUCCAGAAAUUUCUAUAUUACACAAUGAUGUCUGUGAUGUGUUUCCUGCAUCCAGUCCUCGCAUGGCAUGCUGUAAUACCAGGAGUUAUGCUGGUAGUGACUGGAUUCUUUAACUUCAUAUUGAGCAAAAAGAAAAAGGCAGAUGUGCCUAAAGAGUCGAGUGCAACCUAUGGUGACCCGGCUCUGUCUUCUGUCUGUGUCACAGACAGGGGGGACACUGAACACACAUUCUCUUUCUUCCACGUCAUCUCCGGAAAAAGAGCAUCUUUUUUUCCUAGCAAUAGCCGAUUACAUGGCCCCACAGACAGGGCUCAGUCAGUGAAGAAUGCCCAAUGCAAGAAAAAUCAAACAGACACAAGAAAUGUGCACUUCAUUGAGAGUCUCAGAUGUAAUGAUACUGAAAUGGUGGAAUACCAUGAGGUGGAGCCAGAGGAGACCACAUCAGAUAAAGCACCAAUGAUUACACUUGUUAUAGCCACUUGCUGGAACAAAACAGAAUCCUGCCUUUUAUUUCAGUCUGUAACCUUAAGCCUGGCUCUCCUGCAUCGUCUCCAUACGUCAAUACAAUUAAGAGGUUCCAUUCAUCAUACUGACCCAGACGAGAGGGUUUUCAGUCUAAAGACUGGACAGCAACCCUCCAGGCGUUAUUCCUCUCCAUUAACCCGUAUGGAUGCCUUCAACAUCCCUAAUACUUGAGUAACAUAGGAUAUUCUGCAUUAAUGUGUUCUUGGUGUACUUUUAUGGACAUUAUUCCA